AUGGGUGGGGUAAAGUCUUACAAAAGCAGUACAACCACAGCAGUCUCAGCCAGCAUCAACAUGAACUGCAGCGUGCUUCACAGAGUGCUGCUCAGCUACGGAAUGGAAAAGAGGCUAGACCCCGUCGCUCUGCAGCCUUUCUGGGACUUUGUCAAAGCAAAGGAGCCACUGAUCAAGUCACCUUACUUUCCAGUGCUGUUUUCAUUUACAGCUUACAUGACUUUCUGUCUUCCUUACAUUGCACUGGACUUCUUAAGCACUAAAGUACCAGCCGUGAAAAAAUACAAAAUCCAGCCUCUGAGUUAUCCAACUCUGGGAAUGAUGGUACCUUGUAUGGUUCAAUGUGUCUAUCAUCACAUUGUCUUUAUCUUCCCAGUGACAGUUGCUCAUUGGUACUGGAGACCAGUGGAUUUACCAGCAAUAGCUCCAGAGCUGCUGAGGGUCCUGCUGGAUGUAACUGUUUGCCUGCUUCUCUUUGAUUUCCAGUAUUUUCUGUGGCAUUUGCUUCAUCAUAAGGUGCCUUGGCUCUACAAGACUUUUCACAAGGUUCAUCAUAAGCAUGUAUCUACGUUUGCUCUUACCACACAGUACUCAAGUGUUUGGGAGUUACUUUCACUGGGAUUUUUUGCUGCCAUAAAUCCAGUGUUGCUGAAGUGCCAUCCUUUGACAGAAAUGAUUUUCUUCCUUGUUAAUAUCUGGCUGUCAGUGGAGGAUCAUUCAGGCUAUGAACUUCCAUGGUCAACAAACAGACUGAUACCAUUUGGCCUGUAUGGAGGAGCUCCGCAUCACGAUCUCCAUCACCUGAAGUUCAGAUGUAACUAUGCUCCUUACUUCACCCACUGGGAUAGACUAUUUGGAUCACUUGCUCACGCACAUUCACAACAAUAACAGGGAAUUCGUCUGUUACCUAGCUAAUUUUGUACAGCUAAUAAAUUAAGAGUAUAAUUUUUUCUGAGUCACAGAUAUAAAAUGUGAAAUCAUUUAUAACAAAUCUAGUUUAAUGUUUGUAUAUAUAUUUAAAGAAUUGCAUAUGUAAGGUCUGUUACUAUGUGUUUGGAAACAAUGUCACACUAUAAGGAAAGCAUUAAGAAACACUCACUGUUUUUCUUUUUUCCUUUGAAUAUGCCAGCUUUUAUAAAGCAUAUUGUGUUACUGUGUUAUACAUACAGAGACAAAUAUUUUCUUACUGUUAUAGGAUGACUUGUGAUAUAUGAAUAGAACCAAUGCACAUAGUGUGCAUUAAGAAUUCCAAGAAAAUAUCUUAUUUAAAAAAGGUUGCUGCUGGAUGGCAUUAAAUGUCUAAUCUGAUUCUGUUUGUUCUUUGCAAUAAUUUGGAUCUUUAUAUUGCAUACCCAAGUAUACUCUCUAUUUUUUUUAAGUGGAAAAUAAAUCUUUAUAUUUGUUUAAAA